UGUGUGUUUCACUUGCUUCAGUGUCACAGCCUCACCAAUGCCAUGUAUUUGCAUUGCAUUUCAACUGCUAAACUGAAGUUAAAGCUGCGAGAGAAAGAGCAGCAGAGGGCUGCAGCGCACAGGCGCUUUUGGAGUAUUUUCUCUGGCUGACUGCUGGAAGUGUUUUUUUAAUUCCUAAUUGGUGUGCUCUGGUGGAUGACAUUUCAAGGACCCUGCUGGGGCGGGAUAUGCAAAUGUGAGGGGUUUGACUGCCUGCCCCAUUUCAAGAGGGGAGAUCAGCAGGCCGGUGCUUGGAGGAGAUCAGAUUUGGGUUAGAAGGGCCCCGUUAGCAGGUCUGCAGCAGCAGUGGCAACAGCAGUGGUGAUUCUCUCUCUCUCUCUCUCUCUCUCUCUCCCCCCCCUGCUCUUCUCUCUCGCCCUCCCCUGCCAGUCUCUCUCUCCCUAUCUAUUUCUCUUCCUCACUCUCUCUCUCUCUGCCAGUCCUGCUCAGUGUGUCCCCUCUCACUCUUUAGGCUCAUGGACUCUCUCCUGGGUGGAAGCAGACAGUACAGAUGUUGCAGCCUCUGUUCUCUCACCUCUUACUAAGGCUGCUGAAGCUCUGACAGACAGCCCACCGACCAGAAGAGGGAAGUAAGACAGCUGGAGACUUACCUUUUAUCUUGCCUAAGGAUUUUUGAACUUUUUUAAAUCCAGCAGAGAAAACUCUGAACUUGAAAAGUUUUUUUGGUUGAAAUUCCAGCAUCUUGCUUCUGGGACAAGGCUCGGCACACAAAAAUGAAAUCCAGGCUUUUUUUUCUAGUGACCAACUCAGUUCUUCUUGGAUUUUUUGCCACUUUCAGUGAAUCUAAGGGUACCUACUAUAAUAAUCCUUACAGGUACAACUUGUACACCUCAGGAUCCACCCCACACUACCAUGCUGGGAAGCCUAUGAGCCGACACAAGAAUUUUUGCGCCUAUGUUGUCCAAAAGAACAUCUCAUGCACCAUACAGGAUGGAACUGCUACCUACGUCAAGGCUGAAUACAAUAAAUGCGCCUGGGGGCAGAAAUGCUCAGGAAAUGUGAUGUACCGCACUUAUUAUAAACCCAAGUACAAGGUUGGCUAUAAGACUGUGACUGAGCUGGAAUGGCGUUGUUGUCCAGGGUUUUUGGGAGAGAACUGCCAAGAAGGUCCAACUGGACUUCCAGAAAUGAUGCCUCCUUUCAAAGGCUCUAUGACACCACCAGGGUUAAAAGGUCACCCCAGAGGACAUCCAAGGGGGCGUCCUGAACCACACAAGCCCUUUCCCAUUGGCCACAUACAGCCUCAGAAGCCUUUUCCUGGUGGACACCCUGAGCCUCAACAUCCUGCCCCAGGGAGUCAUAUGCAUCCUGGAAAUAAGAAAUCUUAUUAUGCCCGUAAAUUCCAAGGACUGAUUGGAGAGCGGCUUGACAGAAUUGAGGAGCAGUUACGCCAGCUUUCACAAUCUUAUGACUCUCUCAAUGGCAUUGUAAAUGGACUAGAAGACAAACUGCGUCUUGCGUUGCGAGAGGAUACCACCAAGAUGUUGGGAUCCCUUCUUAGUACUCCACCAAGAGUAUCUGAUUCCACCAUAGGCUUUGGAGUGAUUCCAGAUGGCACCCCAGAUGGAUUGGAAGGAGGAGAAGGAUUCCCAGGUUUUGGUGAUUUAUCAGGAAGGGUAACAGAGGUCAAAGAUGAGCUGCGAGCCAAAACUGAAAUGCUAGAAGAACUUCAUGGAAUGGUACUUGGACAUGAUGGACAGCUAAAGCAUUUAAUAGAAUCAGCAGCAGGAAAACCUUCUCCAAUAUCUUCUCAGCAAGUUAUAGAACAACUGCUGGAUUCUAAAUUGGCAGGGAUGCGUUCAAAUAUCCUUGAUGGCUUUGAAAAGCGCCUGACCGCCCUUGAAAAUCAGUGCGAAACACGUGUUGGGGAAGUUUUGCUACAGUGCCAGCAAGAACGCAUCAGUGGGCAGCAUGAGAUGGAGCAGUCGUUAGAUGGGCGAGAAACAGGUUUGAGAAAAGAAAUAGGUAACCUACAGACUCAGAUCCAGGGCCUCACACUGACAGAAAGCUGCUGCACUCAAGUGUCUAGCCUGUCCCACAGAGUCUUACUGCUGGAAAAUAGUGUGAAAGGGUUGACUGAGUCUCAGUUAGCACUUCAAUCCAGUCUUGAUGGACAAGCUACCCAGAUUGAGACCUUCCUGGAUGGACGAUUAGAAGAAAUAGAGGCCAAGUUGAAUGCUUCAGAGACAUCAGACCCAGAGAUCAAAAUGAAAGGGUUUGUAGGUACAGAAAUAGAUGGGUUCAAGUCUCUGCUAGAUGAAAAACUGAAGAUUUUAGAAGACAGACUUUUUGUAGCUGUAGAAGAACUCAGCAAUGCAACAGCCCCAGCACUCUUAGAAGGACAAGCUGUACCUGCCUUGGAGUCGGAGUUGGUAAACCUAAGGAAGCAAAUAGAAGGAGAUCUGAAAGGGAUCCAGGGACGCCUGACUGAUUUUGAGACAGUGUGCUCUUCAGCUUGUCCUCAUGCAACUGGAGACAUACAGAAACUACAAACCGAAAUAGAAGAGUGCCUAAAUGAAGACAAAAGAAUGUCAGGUCAAUUGGAUAUCCAUGCAGAUUACCUGAAGAAACUCAAUGUCACAUUGAUGGAAAUGCUGAGAAAGAUGUCAGAAGAAGAAGAAGAGGGAGCAAUUCAUGGUGAAAUCACUCUGCUGAAAAUUAAUGUAAAUUCAGUGAACAGAUCCCUCAAGGGUCUCCAGGAUUCACUCAAAAUCUAUGCUCAAGAGGUGAGCCAUGCUAAUUCAAGCUGGCAGCAACAUGAGCUCAAGAUUGUGGAUCAAGUCCAUGGCCUCCAGAGCCUAGUGGAACAGCAAGGAUCCCAAGUGAUCCUCAGUGAGCGCCGACUGCAACAGAUUAAAGGAGAGCUGCAGAACCUAAAACGCAGGCUGACUGGGGAAGUGAAAGGGUGCAAAAAUGUGGCUCUAGGAGCUCAGCGAGAGGUCAUGUUGGUGGACGGAAGAGUCACACAGGUUGAAGGGCUUUGUGGAAAUUUAGGUGAGCUAGCAGGAGACCUGGAGAAAAUCCGAGGUGAACUGGAAGAGUACUCCAAUGAUUACUUGUCCAGAGUUAAUGGAACACUCACUGUGCAUACAAAUCAACUUGCCCAGCUACAGAGUGGCCUGAAAGACUGCCAGAACAAAACAGAGAUGCCAGGGCUUAGGGGGGACCAUUAGGAUUAGAUGGCGAUAGGGGAAAAAAACAUGUUUUAUAUUAAAGGGGCAUUUUUGUGUGUUGGUUUUUACUUUUAUAUUGAUUGAUCUGCCAUUUUUAACUUAUAUGGAAAAAGACAUGAGUAAUAUUUUUGAAGAAAGGAGAUUUUUAAAAAAUAAUAAUAAAAAGCUGCUAUGGGUUUCUACUGCCAAUUCACUCUAUUCAGUUUU